CACACUACAUUUGUAUUUCAUAAUAUCGUACAUGGACUUCGAGCGCCAUUGAAACGUGACCUGUCGUAUUGUAUCAAAGUGAGAAAGCAAUUUUCGUGUUUUGUCCAUAACUCAACAAUAGUACUUUCUGGACACAACGAAACUGGGCGAAGCCCCUCAUGCCCGAUGACACAUUGACUGUUGAGAUCUCAUUAGAAUUCCUCUAGGAGUAACAAGGAAACCGUCAAGUUCUACUACUCAGGCUCGAUCAGUACAACCAAAGCCCAGGCACAUUAUAUAAGACCCUUGUCGUGACUGCACUUGAAAUCCUACUCACCGUUCAUUCAUGAUGCCGACGUACCGACUGAUAUACUUCAACAACCGUGGCAGGGCCGAGGCGACCCGACUGUUGUUCAAACUGGCCGGGCAGGAGUUUGAAGACGUCAGGAUCCCGGGGGAGGACUGGGCCGCCCAAAAAUCCAAGUAUCCGUUGCAGCAGCUACCAGUGCUGGACAUCGAUGGGAAACUGAUACCGCAGAGCAGAGCCAUUGCAUCGUACGUGGCCAGAGAAUUUAGGUUUCACGGGAGCGAUAGCUGGCAGACAUUGAUGAUUGACGUCGUCUGUGACACCGCCGAUGAUCUCACGCGACCCUUAGGAGAUGCGAUCUUCCUUGAAAAGGAUGAAACCAAGAAGGCUGCAGCAAUUAAGAACUACUAUGAGAACGAAGCUCCCGUUGUCUUGGAUUGUCUCGAGAAGUACUUGGUGAGCAACGGAGGAGGUGAUGGCUACUUCGUUGGAGAAAAGAUUUCUCUUGCCGAUAUCAGUGUUUGGGUCAGCCUGGAUCUAUGUUUCUCCCAGCGGAAGGAUAUUCUGGCUAAUUACCCAAAGCUGGCCAAGCUGAGCGACCGAGUCACCAGUCGGCCAAUAAUUGCGGCAUAUCUUGCACAGCGCCCUCAGAUGAUGUUUUAGAUUUAAGCAAUUACCAGCGGUGGGCGGAGCUAGAGUGAUGGCGAGAGGGGGAUCCCUUCCAGAAGGACACAGUUGAGCUUCCAUUACUGUAUAUUCAAUAUUUAAUCUCAACAUAACAUGUAGCAUUAGUUAAUAUGAACGAUUUUGUGUGAUGUCUCAAUUUUUAUAAGGGAGCCUAGCAAUAGCCAUUCAAUUUGAAUUUUUGAAAGUUUGUUGGCCCCCCCAAAAAAAAAAUGCUGAUCCUUCGAUUAAUCAUCACAGAGAUCCGUUAUGUUUUGCAUUUAGAAAAAGGUAAUAUGACCAUGGAGAAAAUCCAAUGACAAAAUCAAUUAUAUACUGCGACAAAUUAGUUCAAAACUGUGAUAUUAUUUCAUAUCAAUUUAAUCGCUGCAAUCACGUGUGCAUGAUGGCUGAAAUGCAAUAAUUCUUCACAUUAUUUUGUACAAAUUGUAAAUUUUUCUUAGUCUGCAAAUUACAUUACAAUUUCCCACUUACCUCUUACAACUAUUUUGCAAGUAUAAAGCUAUUUUGAGUUGAAGAAAAUAUUUGAAUUUUCUUUGUCAGAUGCUUCAAAUAAAACUUUUGAGUAACCCUUUCCCUUCCUCCCCCCCAAAAAAAGUUUAAAAAAAAACUUUGUUUGUUUGCAUGGACAUUUCUUCCUCCAAUAAAACCAGAACUCAAUAACAACUUUUACUUGUUGAUUUAAGCUCACAUUUCCCAAACAUUAUCCCACAAACAUAAAAUCCAAACCUCUGGUAUCUGAAUAAAUAAGGUAAGCUGUAACUAAAAUUGUACAAACAUCCAUAAUAUAUAUAAACAAAUUACAUCCUAUAAAGAUACAAACUUAGUAAAAUGAGCCUCUGAAAAAAACAAUCGACGUUGAGAUAAAUGUUUGUACAAUUGUUUACAUCAUCAAUGGCACCAGUUGUUUGUUUCAUAUUUUUUGUUGUGUUUAAGGCAUUCCGUUUAUAAGCUCCGGCUUCUUGUGUAAUGCCUCCACUUAGUAGUUUUCAUGUAACAAUUGUUUUGUUUUCUAAAGUGCUUAUUCAUGUGGAAAUAAAUGUUUCUGAAAUGAAA